AGCAAUUUCGUGAGAAAAGAUACUGAUGACCGGGUUGACCCGGAAGAUCCUCUUCCCAAAAAAUAAAAAUAAACCCUAAAUCUCCGAAUUGCCGUUGCUCUCGUCACACUCCGCUGCAGCCUCUCCGUGACUCCACCAUCGACGAUCCCCACAGAAAUCUCAAGUUUUUUUGAAAGAAAAGAAACUGCUCUAAUGGAGUUUCCCUUACCGGAAGACAAUAUCGGCGGAGAUGAUUCCGCUGCAAAUGCCACCAGGGCUUCAGGUAGUAAAAGAAGCUUUGGUGAUCUUGGAGACGAUGAGGGUGAUAACUCCGGAUCGAAAAAGGGCGGUACGAAGGUGGAUAAAGCAGACCCUGGUGUUGCAACUGCGAUGAGAGAGAUUUUUAAAUCCACUGCGAUGAUUUCGUCACUCAGAGAGAGUCUUCAGACUUCUCAAGAUGAUCUUGCUUCAUGUCAAAAUGAGCUUGAAUCAGCGAAAACAGAGAUUCAAAAGUGGAAAUCGGCUUUUGAGAAAGAGUCCUUUAUACCGGCUAGAAAAUCUCCUGAACCUAGCUUUGUGGUUGACUACAUCCAAUUUCUAAGGUCUUCGGAGACUUCUUUGAAAGAACAGUUGGAAAUUGCACAAAUGAAGUUAGCCAUCCGUGAUCUGAAAUCUCAACUCAAGCCAGCAUCAAUGAAGACAGAUGGAGACCCAGAAGUAGACAGUGAGCAGCAAGGAUCGACAGGUCCCUCACGCAAUGUCGCAAAGAUCGAGAAGGAAGUCGAAGUUGAUAAAGAGCCGGCAUUGUUGGAAGAGUUACGAGCAGCAAAUGCGGUGAUCGCGCAUUUGGAGGAGUUUCAGGCCGUGGAGUUGGCGACGCUCAAGGAAAGUAUAGCCAAGCUUGACAAGAAGAUCGAGUAUAAUAGCAACUUUGCGAUGUUGGUUCUACAAAAAUUCCCCGGCUUGUUUCCUCCUCCACCCGCAACUGAAAAUGCUAACGAGUAGAUUUUAUUUUAUCUUCGUUUAACUUAGUAUGUUUUAAAACUUUUUUUUUGGCUAAAAAAACAUGUAUCGAAUAUCUUAUGAUUUUUAAAUAUUAACUAGAUGAAUACCCGCGUGUACA